GGCAGGCAGGCAGGCAAGCAAGUAAGCAGACAGGCAGGCAGGCAAACAGGCAGGCAGGCGAGGCCUCCUCUUUCGAGAGUCGAGUCGGGGAGUCAGUGGCUGACGACUCCUCGGGCCGUCAGGUUGUUCGUGCGGGGGAUGUCGACGCCUUGCGCUACCACGAAACCACGUGCGCCGCGUGACAGUUCCGAUAGAGCCGUGGGAGGAGGUUCGUGGUGUCGCCGAGCCGACGAGACGCGACAUCGUACGAGCGCCGAUCGAGCGCGGCAAACGUCUUCCUCCUUCGUUUUCGUACUCAUCUCUUAGUGUUGUUUUAACAUCGUAACCGACGAUAAUCGUGAGAGAAGAUAAGAAUCGAUAAAGGAAAAGAAGUGUACGGAAAGGUUGGAGUGGCAAGGACAUUGUCGAUAAAAAGGUGCGAAGAAAAAAAAGGGAGAGAAGUACGGGGAAUACGAGUAAAAGUAAAUAGAGAGGACGGCACGUGAGUAGCCGGCCGAUGUUCGCGUAUGAAAGAACCCGGUCGGCCUCUUCCGCCUUCUCCUCCUCAUCCUCUCGCGAGAGCACUGCGAGGAGGGAAACGUCAUCGACGACGAGAAGUUUUAUCUAAGAGCCGGGACCGGUGCUUGGAGAACGACGAGGAGGACGAGGACGACGAAGAGAUCGGUGAAGUUUUUUUUCUUCUUAAGCAAGACGUCAUUCCAAAGUAAUGGUGCUAACGAUCGUUUAUCCGAUAGUGUUUUAAAUCCAUAUCCCUACGGAUGAUUUCGAAUGAUCAUACUAUUUUCAUUGAUAACCUAUCGAAAAUAGGAGAAAGAGAGAGAGAGAGAGAGGGAGGAAGAGAGAGAGAGAGAGAGAGUGAGAGAGGAGGAAGUUUAAAGGUCUCACAGUUCUCUUCAUAAAAUUUUCGACGACUCGAAGAAGAGUACAAUACUCCGGACUACAGCGAGUGUUUUUUCUAUGUCAAUGUUAUCCGCCCGUUGACGUGUUAUCGGUCAGUUGCAUCGGGGCUGCCUGAAAAACUCGUCGGUGUCAAGGGGUCACAGAACGUUCCGCGUAGAUUACGCGAUCCGCGAAACGCCUUUCGGACAGGUCCACUCUUUGUCUCUGUCACUCUUUCGCAUUUUCGUGCUGUGAAGCGGUAAAAAAAACAAAAAAGAAGAAGAAGAACACCACGACGAAGAAGAAGAAGUGGAGGAGGAGGAGGUGGAGGAAGAGAAGGAAGAAGAAAGAAAAAAAGAAAAAUAAGGAAGAAAAUUUUGUAAAAGAGAUGUUGAAAGUGGUGAUGAAAAGGAAAGGGAAAAGACAAGAAGAAGAAACGAUUUAGUCCUUCCUACGAAAGCUCCAAAGACGAUCGACUCAAAGUGAUAGCUAGUCAAAUAAUAAAUAAUUAAGAAGACGUAGAAAAAGAAGAAGAAGAAGAAGAAGAAAAAUAAGAAGGAGAUAUAUAUCAUUAGUCAUAGAAAUUCAAGUGUAUUUCCGUGAGGGAACUGGAACAUUUUAAAAAAUAUUCCUUUGAGAAGAAAGAGAUAUAUCGUGUGGUUUUCGUCGUGUUGUUCGCUGACGAUAGCGUUAAACAAACUCCGACGACCUUCCGCGCACGUAGAACUUCGCCGGUAUCUGCAAGGCGAGCCGAUAACGCUUUUGUAAUAAUAAUAUAAAGCCAUUGGACUUGUUCGAAAACGAGCAUCAACGUUCGCUCGUCGUUUUUAUUCGUCGAAUCGAUCUUUGUAUUCUCUCUCUCUCUCUCUCUCUCUUUCUCUCUCUCUCUCUCUCUCUCUCUAUCUAUCUAUCUAUCUAUCUAUCUAUUUAUCUAUCUAUCUCUUUCUUUCUCUCUCCCUUUUAGUUUAUUUGUUUAUUUUCUGUUUUUCUCCAUCGAUUCAUUGAUACACGAAGUGAAUAAGGAACUGAGAAAUUCCAAAGAAACAUUCGAAUGGUAUGUUACGUUGGUACAGUGAUAAAAAAAAAAAAAAGAGAAAAGUGUAGGAUUAGUGUAAAUUUUGAAUACGCUCGCUGGAAGAGCUUUAAACAAGUCAAAUUUUGUCGUUGAUUAUCGAAAUUUUGUCGGACGUAUUAAAAAGGAUUUAAAGGAUAGAAAAGGAAAAGUAACUUGUGAACGAACGUUGUGGACUGUGCAUUUUGAACGGAAAGAGAGGAGAAACGGAGACAGGAGUGCGUCGAACCGAAAAAAUAUUUCGAUAAAGUGAUCGAGCGAGGAUAGAAAGCGCGCGAUCGAAAAAGGGUAUGGUGGGCCCGGCAAAACCAGGGCCUUGGGCCCGGGUGGCCCGCCUCUGAAAGAAGAAUCUUAUAUCCGACCCCGUCAAUUUGCUCCAUUACGCUGCCUGGAAUGAUGCAGCAGAAAUUCUUAAAGAGAACGGCCGAGGAGUUGGAGGCAAGCGGGGGUGGCGGAGGCGACGGAGGAUUCGGCGAGCCACCGGUAAAGCUACAAUGCACGCAAGCCCAGCAUCAGCAUCAAGCGCAGCUUACCAGCGGUGGCGGAGGAGGAGGAGGCGGAGCCGGAGGUGGUGGGCCUCAUCACGGCCACGGGCAGCAUCAGCCCGGAAACGGUGCGAACUCGACGGGUCCGAACGGACCAGGUAGCGGAGCUGGUGGAGGCGGAGGUGGCGGCGGAAGCGGUGGAGGUGGUGGUGGCGGUGGUGGGGGUGGAAACGAAGGUCUGACCAAGUUCUCCGUCGAGAUCGUUCAACAACUGGAGUUCACGACCUCGGCCGCGAACUCUCAGGCACAGCAAAUAUCGACGAACGUGACGGUGAAGGCAUUGACGAACGCUUCCGUGAAAAGCGAUUUAUUGAACGCCUCGUCCUCGCCUAAGCCGGACCCGAACGGCGGCGGUGGCGGAACUGGAGGCGGUGGCGGUGGUGGAGGUGGUGGGAAUGUUAGGACACAGCCGGGAAAUGGAACCGGUGGAGCUGGUGGUCCAGGCGGGCCUGGUGGUGCUGGCGCCGCAGGUGCCACGGAUGGAAUCGGUUGCGUCGACAUCGCUAAUCUCGUCGAGUGCAAACAAGAACCCGAUAACGAAUUCGUCGAUCUUGAACAGUGCGCCGCCGCCUUGGAAAAGGACGCGGCAGUGAACGGAGCCGGUUUCCCUGGCUUUUCUGAUUUCAUGGGUGACGACACCGGCGACGAGAUCAUUACAUCGGACGCUUUUAAAGAUCUCAUCUCGGAAAUUUCGGACUUCCAUCCGGAAUUCAUGAAAGACUUUGAUUUUGAGGACAAAAGCGUAGACGCGUUGGCGAACAACGCGGCAGCUGCCGUCGCGAAUGCUGCCGCCGUCGCAACCGCAGCGGCCGUAGCUGCUGUAACUAAUGGAAAUAAUCCUAAUAACAAUGGAAUGAACAACGGACAGAUCAAGAUCGAAGACGACAAGGAUACUAUUCACCAUCAACAGCAACAACAGCAACAACAGCAACAACAGCAACAGCAACAACAGCAGCAGCAACAUGGGAACAGUAAUAAUAACAACGGUGUGAAUAACGGUACGACCGCCAAUAACGGCAACGCGUUACCUGCCAAUUCCAGUCCAAGUGCGCUCGCCUCCUCUCAGUAUUCCCCCGCCCGACUACCUUACUCCGGUCUAGACUUUAAGUCCGAAAUGAGCCCGGCAGCUCAGACGCUCAAACAGAUGGCCGAGCAGCAUCAGCACAAGAGUCAGCAGCUAGGCCUUGGCGGUUUCAAUCCGACAGCAGCGGCAGCCGCAGCUGCAGCGGCUGCUAGAGGACCAGCGGCUAGAUCACCUUAUGCCGAAUUUUCUCAAUUUACCGGAGCUUCGGACUAUUUGGGUAGUCCAGGAAGCACAGCACCUCCGGGUGGACAAAAUCAAACUCCAGGAUCUGGUACCGGAUCGUAUCACAAGAACAAUGGCGCAACCGGUUUCCAAAGUCAACAAACAAACGACAUGUUCGUCAGUUCCCAAACACAAUUUGCCCCCGGCUUGCCGGACAUGAAGAGAUCACAACCAAACGCGGGUGGUAAGCCGAGUAUGCUGGGACCAAGUGGUGGCUAUAAACAACAAUAUUCUCCUUAUGGAAGUCCAGGCUCUAUGCCGAAUCACGGUAGUCCAGGAUAUCCACUACCUCCGAGAGGAUCGCAAAGCGGUGGUCCUAAUCAAACCGGAUCUCAAGGACCUUUUACCAGCUCCACACCACCAAGACCUCCCUCGGGACCUGGUACCUCUACAUUGCAGAUUAAUCAAGCGCAACAACUGCACAUUAGUAAUCCGGGACAUCAGAUUCAGGUAUCCGCGGGGCAGCAUAUGCAGCUCACAGGAGAUUUGAAACCUGGAGUAUCCGUGGCUGCUCAGCAGGGCAUGUACUUUAAUCAACAACAGGCACCCAAUCAAUCAGGACCCGGCCAAGCGGAUACUUACUGCUCUGUGUCUCAAUCUCAGACCAUUAACUUCACUCAGCAAAGUCUGAGACAGAGAGCAGCCGCCGCUGCUGCGGCGGCUGGUGGCGUUCCACAGGCUGGUGCUGCCACUGGUGCUCGUGGUCAUCCUCAGCAGGUCCCUCCAAAUCAAGUGGACCAACAUCAACAUGCCAAAAUCCUUCAGCAACAGCAACUGAUGCGCGCUCAGCAGGUGAUGCAACAGCAACAGCAUAUGGCAGGAGGGAUGGGAGGUGUACGGCCACCUCCACCGGAAUACAAAGCCGCGGCUCAAGCGCAAAUGAUGCACGCUGGUAUCGGAAUGGGUCAACAAGCAAGAUUUCCAAACCCUGGACCUAUGCGGAGAGUUACACAGCAACCGAUGCCACCUUCCGGUCCAAUGAUGAGGCCACAAAUGGCACAGCAACAGCAACAACAGGCGUUGCACGCGGCCGGUGGUAACAUGUAUAUGGGCAGCGGUAAUAUGGCCGCAAUAAGUGGUAUGCAUCAAAUGCAUCAGCGAUUGGGUUAUCCAAGGACCAACAAUCAACGGCCGCCGAAUGUCAGUGUAGGACCUCCGGAUGGUCUUGGCAAUAGUAUCGCUGGACGUGGAGCACAGCAAGAAUGGAGACACGUUUUAAUGCAGCAGCAAGGCUUUCAAGCUCAAAUGCGAUCGCAAUUCAAUCAGCAGAGUCACCAAGGUGGUUUUGGAAUGGGCGGUGCUGGUGGUAUGCAGAUAAACGCUGCGCAGAUGCAGCAUCAGCAAUUGAUACGUUCGCAAAGCGGUGGUAUCGCUAAUUCGGGAAUAACCAACAGCACUCAAAUGCAGCAGUUACUUUCGCAGCAACACCAGCAACAAACAUUGGCUAUGCAGCAAAAUAAUAAUCAGAUGUCACUACAGAUGCAAAUGUCACAAUCGUCUACCGUUAACUCAGUUAGCAGUACAGGCACGGCCUCUCCGCUUCAUCCUCAUCAGCAAUACGGUGCUGGGAGUCCAGGAGUACGUAGCCUUAGCCAGCAACAUACCCAACCACCGCCGACGACCACGGAUCCUUCCGUGGCAGCGGCAGACUUUAGUCUCGAAUUUUUGGAGAAUCUUCCCGCAGGAGACACAUCGAACUUCAGCGCUCAAGAAUUGCUUAACUCGCUCGACUCCACGGCGGGCUUCAACCUCGAUAUUCUGUAAGAGCGAAGCCGCCUGACAGUCUCUUUAGGAGUCUUUUAGGUUUGCUAUACUGCGAGUAAGAUCGACCGCCCCCAUCCUACUUCGAACUUAUAAUACGCGUUACCUUCGAUGAGUUUCGGAUAGUGACGAAGUAAAGGGCAGAUUAAGACACAUUAAGUAUUUUACAAACGCAAAAUACAAAGUUUCUCUCUAUACUGCACAUGUACAAUUGCAUUCCACUUGUUAUUCAUUGUUCCUACCAUACCGUUCGAGUUUUGUUACUUUCUUUAGAAUCUCAUCGAUACGAUAACUUUCUCGAAGACUUUUUUUUUUCCCCAACUUUCUCGAUCACUAUCGAAAAACUAUUCGAUGAUUCGCUUCCUAUCAGACCUUCCAUUUUCACGAGUAUCAUCGAUCUGAAUUGAAAUAUAUGCGUCUAAACCGCCUUGAUAAAUUUAUCCAUGGGGGUGUUCGAUUUGGUCGCUAGAAAACCUAUCGUUCGUGCAUACGCAUAUACAUAACGAAUGUACGAAAGGGGGUAGUACCAAUAGUAAAAUUUUUUUUCUCACGAUAAUCACGACGUCUCUCGACAGGAGAGGAAGAAGGAAGUAUCAAGAACAAGAAUGAAAAAAGAAAAGAAAGAAAGAAAGAAAGAAAGAAAGAAAGAAAGAAAAAGAGAAAGAGAGACACUAUAAUGAACAUCGUAGAGUAUCGUUGAUCUUAAGUAUUUAAAAAGUAAAAUACGUCGCAAUGUCGAUGAAUCGACGACGAUUAGAUAACUUUGGUCGAUCGCGUCCACGGCCGGCCGUAGUGCGUUCUCGGCAGCUCCUUUUGGCUGUCGACUAUUCUUCUAGGCAAUCGCGUUUAGUAAAAUUUAAUUUUUUAUCAUAUUCGUUGAUAUGAAUAAUAAGAAAUGAAAACGGAAGGAGAAAGAGACUAGUAACGUGGAACAUCAAGUGGCGGCCAAGUAAUCCGUCUAGCUAUCAUUCGUUUUCCGACUUCUCUCAUAUUAACGAGAUGUCCUUUCAGCCAAAGAGAGAGUUAAUAGACGAGUUGUUAUACGAAAUAUUUUAAAACGCAUUAUCAAAAGUAAUGCGUUUGAGUGAUCUCUUCGAAAAAUGCACGUCUGAAAAUUCACUUUAUCCUUAACAUAACAAAUUUUGACGUUGUCGUUUUUGUCCGAGGACGAUGGAAUAAAGUGUUGAGUGCUCACGUCGACGACGCUAAUCCGACUUCGGCGAGUACUCAACGAAGGAUAAAAUCGCUGCCCUUGAUCCUCCACGUGAACGUAUGCCGAAUAAGCGACAGAAAAAGAAAGAAAGAGAAGAAGAGAGAGAGAGAGAGAGAGAGAAAGAGAGAAAAUCAUGUUAGGCAAAGAAAUCGGGUUAAAUGAUCAAAGUUACUUAACCGAACCUAGUCCAUCGCGGUAUUCGUUAUUUCCUCAACAAAUUCGUGCAAAAAAAAACAAAAAAAAAAAAAAGAAAAAAAAGAAAAAGAAAAAGAAAAAAGGAAAGAAAAUAAAAA